AUGUCGAAGAUAGGACGUCUGUCAGAGUUCGACGUCUCUCACCCGGAGCGCUGGAACUCCUAUGUGGCCCAGGUAGAAAAUUACCUAAGGGUUAACCAGGUUUGGGAAGACGGCCUGAAAGCAGCAACGCUGCUGUGCGUCUGCGGUCAGGACACUUUCGAUGUGGUCGAAAACCUGGUAGCCCCUGCACCGCUGGAGUCUGUCACCUACACAGACUUUAAAAACAUGCUGAAGGAUCACUUCCAUCCCAAACUUUCUGUGAUUGCGUGGAGGCAUGCUUUUGAGCAGAGGGACCAGAAGCCGGGCGAGUCUGCUGCUGAGUUCAUCGCUGCCUUGAGACAAGCUGCCAGGCCUUGUGAAUUCAAGGACCUGGAAGAACGCUUACGAGACCGCUUCGUCUGCGGCCUUAGAAGCAGGGAGCUGCAACAAAAAAUCUUUGCUAAAGCUGAAGUCACCUUCCAAGAUGUCUUACGCGAAAUCGGACUCGAUUGGUUUGAGGCCCUGGGAAUCCAGGUGACUGGCCUGAAUAGUCUGCAAACUCCAGGAAUUGCAGAAGUCUGCAGAGAGUUUGUGGAUGUGUUUAGUUCAGAGCUUGGUUCAUACAAGGGGCCUCCCAUUGCCUUGCAGUUAAACCCAAACAGCACACCGGUUAGGAUUAAGCCUAGGAGGGUGCCCUUCGCCCUCAAGGGCAAGAUUGAUGCUGAGCUGGACAAGCUGCUCCAGCAGGGCAUCUUGGAACCUGUGGACUCAAGUCCAUGGGAAACCCCCAUUGUGACGCCUUUAAAGGCUAACGGGGAAGUCCGAAUUUGCGCGGACUAUAAGUGUACUUUGAACACAGCUUUGCAAUAGCAUGCAUAUCCUGUACCAGUAGUGAGUCAUAUUCUGGCCUCCCUCAAAGGGGGAAAACUGUUUGCAAAGCUUGAUUUAGCACAGGCCUAUCAACAGCUACCUGUUGAUGAGGCAACUGCUGAGGCACAAACAAUAGUGACCCAUAGGGGCGCUUUUAAGGUAAAAAGGUUACAAGUUGGGGUGAAUGUUGCUCCUGGCAUAUUCCAGAGCGUCAUGGAGCACACGCUCAGGGGUAUUCCGGGGGUUUGCCCCUACUUUGAUGACGUCCUCAUCGCAGGGGAGUCAUCACAGAAUUUGGCUGAAAGAUUAAGGGCUGUGUUGCUGAGGUUCCGCCAAGUGGGCCUCAAAUUAAAAAAGGACAAAUGCAAAAUUGGUGUUACUUCCACAGAAUUUUUAGGCUUUAAAAUAGAUGAUCAAGGCAUCCACCCUGCAGAAUCCAAAUUGAAGGCCAUUCAGGAGGCCCCAAACAAGCAAGCUCCAUGGCAGUGGACUAAAGUCCAUGACAGGAGUUUUAAGGAGGUCAAGGCCUUGCUCUCAUCAAAUGCUGUAUUAGCCCAUUUUAAUGAGCAACUGCCUGUAUGCAUCACUUGUGAUGCAUCCCCUUAUGGGGUGGGUGCAGUACUCAGUCACCUAAAGGCUGAUGGGACACAAGUCCCUGUGGCUUACUACUCAAGGACUCUGUCAUCUGCAGAGCGGAAUUACGCUCAGAUUGACAGAGAAGCCUUGGCAAUAGUGGCUGGCAUAAAGAAAUUCCAUGAUUUCUUAUAUGGCCGCCACUUCACGGUCUAUACAGACCACAAGCCUUUGCUGGGGUUGUUUACAACGACCAAACAAACCCCUCACAUCAUUUCCCCACGUAUGCUGAGGUGGUCCAUUUUCCUGUCAGCAUAUGACUACACGCUCAUUCACAAACCUGGCAAAGAAAUGGGCCAUGCAGAUGGCCUCAGAUGGCCUGACACGUGUCCAGAUGCUACAUUUCAAAGCUUCUGGCAAAGGAGGCACGAACUGUCUGCCUUUAAUGGGUGCCUCUUAUGGGGGAGUAGAGUAGUUAUCCCAGCCUCACUGAGGUCUAGAGUCUUGUUCUCUCUGCAUGAGGGACAUCCGGGCAUUGUGCGCAUGAAAGUGCUUGCACGCAGCCAUCUUUGGUGGCCUGGGCUUGAUAAAGCUAUCGAGGCCCAGGUGCACAGGUGCCAGGUGUGCCAACAGUCAUGGCCUGAAAUGCCUCAGGCCCCUGUACACAGGUGGGAGGAGACACAACCCCCUUGGUCAAGGGUACAUUUAGAUUAUGCUGGGCCCUUUCAGGGGCAAUUCUUCCUUAUCCUGGUGGAUAGCCAUUCCAAGUGGCUAGAGGUUGUACCUGUCUCCUCCACUACUACUGCUAGGACCAUCCAGGUGUUGAGAGGAAUGUUCGCGACCCAUGGACUUCCUGAUGUCCUCGUUUCUGACAACGGUCCUCAAUUUACUUCUUGUGAGUUCCAGGCUUUCCUUCAGGCCAACUUGAUCCGGCACGCCACGUCAGCUCCCUUCCACCCUUCCACCAACGGGCAAGCUGAA